UUUAGGAAAAAUACCGCGAAGAAACGGCCACUUAAAAUAUAUACCAGAAAAAAACCAAUUCGAAGACAGAAACCUGGCAACCCUGUCAGACAUACAAAAAUGUCCAACUUGCGACGAGAGGUGCUCAGUGCCUUCAAGAAGCUGCACCGCACACGGCAGUACGUGUUCCAAGGCGAUGUCAAUGCUCUGGCAGCUGGACGACUAAAAAUCAACGAGUCUUUCCUGCAGAAUCGCAGCGAAACCAGCGAGGAUGAGAUCCAGAAGAUGAUCAAACUGGCGCAGGAUGUGGACCUAGAGCUGCGCACAAAUGUUAUCCAAGCCCUCAAGAAGGAGAACGAUGUUUAUGAACUGAGGAUUACGCCAGAGACAACGCGACUGGACAAUGUGGUAUUCAAUCCCGACGCAGUCAUCGAGAAACCGCACAGGCGACGCGGCGAAAAGAACACGGAAGGAUGCUGUGGUGGAGCUGCGAUGGCGGCUCUGGAAUCCGAGGUCCAGAACCGCAACAAAUAGAACUAUUUUAUAAUUUCAUUAUCCCUAAUCAAGAUUGUUUUGUUCUGUUGUUCAAGAAUAGCGUUUACGUUUA